AAUUGGCAUACUAGUCAGAAGUCCGGUUACUCUGGUUUCGCUGACGAGAGCAUCAGCUAGAAACCAAAACAUGCCGGAGAAAUAAAGUUUUAACGGUCACUCACCGAACACUCUCCCAUGGUCGUUUUCCCAAAAACGCUGUCUCCAAAACACCUCCUCAAGCUCUUGAAGUCGGAGAAGAACCCGCGUGAGGCGUUUGCUCUAUUCGAUUCGGCGACUCGCCAUCCAGGUUAUGCACAUUCCGCCGUCGUCUUCCACCAUAUCCUCCGACGUCUCGCGGAGGCGCGGAUGGUUACCCAUGUGGGUCGGGUCGUCGACCUCAUUCGGUCACAAGAAUGCAAAUGCGACGAAGAUGUCGCUUUAUCGGUUAUCAAAAUCUACGGGAAGAACUCCAUGCCCGAUCGAGCUCUUGAUGUUUUCCAACGAAUGCGAGAGAUUUUCGGGUGCGAGCCUGGGAUUCGGUCGUAUAACUCUCUACUCAGUGCGUUCGUGGAGGCGGAACAAUGGGCUAAAGUCGAGUCCUUGUUUGCCUACAUUGAAACAGCGGGUUUGGCGCCAAAUCUGCAGACGUAUAAUGUUUUGAUUAAGAUGCCAUGUAAGAAGAAGCAAUUCGAGAAAGCAAAAGACCUUCUGGACUGUAUGUGGAAAGAGGGCUUGAAGCCGGAUGUGUAUAGCUACAGCACUGUGAUCAAUGAUCUUGCUAAAGCUGGAAACUUGGGUGAUGCAUUGAAACUGUUCGAUGAAAUGUCUGAAAGAGGAGUGGCAGCUGAUGUUACCUGUUAUAAUAUCUUAAUUGAUGCGUUUCUUAAGAAAAGAGAUCACAACAAGGCAAUGGAACUGUGGGAAAAACUGUUGGAGGACUCGUCUGUUUAUCCGAAUGUUAAGACUCACAACAUCAUGAUUAGUGGUUUGAGCAAAUGCGGAAGAAUAGAUGAUUGCUUGAAGAUAUGGGACAGAAUGAAACAGAAUGAGCGAGAAAAAGAUUUAUUUACAUAUAGCAGUAUGAUACAUGGGCUGUGUGGGGUUGGGAAUGUCGAUCAGGCCGAGAAUGUGUUUAAAGAGUUGGUCGAGAGUAAGGCUCUAAUUGAUGUAGUUACAUACAAUACUAUGCUUUAUGGGUUUUGCCGUUGUGGGAAAGUUAAGAAGAGUUUGGAGUUAUGGAGAAUCAUGGAGAAGAGGAAUUCAGUUAACGUAGGGAGUUAUAACAUUUUGAUAAAAGGGUUGUUGGAGUAUGGGAAGAUUGAUGAAGCAACGAUGAUUUGGAAGCUUAUGCCUGCGAAAGGCUACGCAGCUGACAACAGAACUUACGGUGUUUUUAUUCAUGGGUUAUGCGUGAAUGGUUACGUAAAUAAAGCCUUGGGGGUGAUGAAAGAGGUCGUGAGCAAAGGAGGGCAUCUGGAUGUAUAUACAUAUUCGUCAAUUAUACACUGUUUGUGCAAAGAGAGAAGACUAGAAGAAGCAUCAAAUUUGGUAAAAGAGAUUAGUAAGCAAGGCGUGGAGCUGAAUUCUCAUGUCUGCAAUGCAUUAAUGGGUGGUUUAAUCCGAGACUCGAGAAUUGGUGAUGCCUCGUUUCUCCUGAGAGAGAUGGGGAAGAAUGGUUGUUGGCCGACUAUUGUUUCUUACAACAUUCUAAUUGACGGUUUUUGUAAAUCAGGAAAGUUUGGGGAAGCAUCAGCAGUUGUGAAAGAAAUGCUUGAAAAUGGGAGGAAACCAGAUCUGAGAACUUAUAGUUCACUUUUAAACGGUCUUUGUAGAGACGGGAAGAUCGAAUUGGCCCUUGCAUUGUGGCACCAAUCUCUUCAAUCAGGUCUAGAGCCCGAUGUGAGGAUACAUAACAUUCUAAUUCAUGGCCUGUGUUCAGCUGGUAAACUCGAUGAUGCAAUGAAUGUAGUGGCGAAUAUGGAGCAUCGGAAUUGCGUUGCAAAUCUCGUGACCUACAACACCUUGAUGGAAGGAUUCUUCAAAGUUGGAGACAUCAACAGAGCGACAGUGGUUUUGGGUUACAUGUACAAGAUGGGGUUGCAGCCUGAUAUAAUAUCUUACAAUAUCAUACUGAAAGGGUUGUGUAUGUGCCGUAGAGUGUCGGAUGCUAUCGAAUUCUUUGAUGAUGCUCGAAACCAUGGCAUUUUCCCAACUGUUGUCACCUGGAACAUACUUGUUUCAGCUGUCGUGAAUCCCUGACGUGAUGAAUAUGAAAGGAAAGCUUAAUCCGUUGCAAUUUGCUGGAUUUGAUCUCUGGGCUAUCUCAGCUAGCUUUCUGUGAUAAGUGUAUAAUGCUCUUCCAUUUUUCUUUGCCGUGGAACGCUUUCGGUUUUGGAAGUUGAAUUAUGAUGUAUCGGAGCUUGGAAGUAACAGGAGGUAAAUCGUAGUAUGUCGACAAGAAUCCAGUUAGCUACAACCUGAUGAAACUAGCAUUAUAUAGUGAAUCAUACAUACAUCACAAGCAUAUGAGUGACACAGUGGUUGAAUGAUUCGAGUAAACAUCAUCGAGAUCCAAUUUGUACGAUGAUGCAAAAGAAAAACUGUAGCUUGAUGUAUCAAAAGUGACGAGUUUCCCACUUGGUUCUAUGUCAUCAAGUCAUAUUUA